UUUGAGUAUUAUCAUAAAUAAAUAAAAUGAGAAAAGGGUCAAUUGAGUACGUCAUUACUCAUUUUGUAUGAAAUGGAGUAAAGAGUACACUAUGUUGUAUUUGGCAUUCAUAAGUACAUAAACUCAGUUUUUUAGUGUUAAUUAAGUACAUUCAUUGGAUUAAUACGUUAAUACGACUGAUUUGGCUAAUGGAAUGCUGAGUAACAAGGGGUAAUUGGCCACGCUGAUGGCGUCGACCAUCACGAAGGGCGUCGAUCAAGGGGAAGUCGACCUGCGGGGGCUGACAUCAACCAAGUGAAAGUCGACCAAGGGAUCGAGGAAUGACGUGGACUUUCAGGAAGUCAACCUAUUACUUUUUUGUUUGUCAACUCAGACGUAUUAACGUGUUAAUCUACUGUGUGUACUCAAUUAACGCACAAAAACCGAGUUUGAGUACUUAAAACCUCAGAUGUAAUAUGAUGUACUUUUUACUCCACCUUAUACAAGUUGAUAUACUCAAUCCACUUUUCUUAAAAAAAUUGGCAUUAAAGUUACUAAACAGGGCCAUCCUUGAUUAUGGAGACAUGGAGUCAUCUCAAAACUUCAAAAGAAGAUGGAGAUAGGAUCAGUGGACCACCGUCUUCGACCUCGGGUCCUUCCAUGGGCUGGGACUAGACACAGAAGCUGUUGGCAUUCCGGGAGGGACACUCACUCAUAAAUCAUCCAUUCAUUCAUACCUUCCCACUGCUCUAUACCCCACCACCCACCCCACACGCCCCUGUCUCGCUGCACUCCAAAGUCUAUCCUGUUUGACGCCACUGCUCCACACAGUCCAACAUUCAACAACACAUAAAAGAAAAAGUUGCUCAAACCCCGGAAUUUAAUACUAUUAUUCUGUCUUUCUUUUCUCUUCUCUGUGUAAUAGAUUCAAUGAAUCAUUGAAUAUGCACGCAUCCUGUGACACAGAACUUUGAACUUCUCUUCUCCGAUCUCUCCCCACCCUUCUUUCUCCAUAAUCCUUUUUUCCCUGAGCCUUCUUUCUUCCUAGCUGGCUGUUGUGAAAUUCGGGAAUGAUUGAUUGUUCCAAGCCUACAACAGAGAGUAUUGCAGUUCGUUUCUUUAUUUAAGCGCGAGAUACUAUUCUCUACCUUUUUACACUCGACCCAGAACUUGUGCCCUUGACAAAGAACUACCACCAUCUUUCUGGCCAACAUGUGAUCAGACACCUUUUCAUUGAAAUCAUAAUAUUAUUACAUUUCAUCAUGAAGUACAGUUGAGGAUAGUCUAGCACUGCAACUGAAGUAGAGAGGCUGCUCCGUGAUAUUCAUCAUACUCUAGGAGCAUUUGUAUCUGAUUCUCUAAUUGAAAAAUAUACCACAAUAAAAAGGAAAAAGUUCAAGUCGUAGGUCUUAUGAUGGCACAUAUUGCAGCAAAUCAUUUUAAUGGAGGGGCUCAUCAGGGUCUUCAAGUGAUGCAUUGUACAAGGAGCUAUGGCAUGCCUGUGCAGGACCACUUGUGACAGUUCCUCGUGAAGGGGAAAGAGUAUAUUAUUUUCCACAAGGUCAUAUGGAACAGCUCGAAGCAUCUACCCACCAGGGAAUAGACCAGCAACUUCCUUCAUUCAAUUUACCGGAUAAAAUUCUGUGCAGAGUGAUGAAUGUUGUUCUUCAGGCUGAACCUGAUACGGAUGAGGUGUAUGCUCAAAUAACCCUGCUUCCUGAAACAGAUCAAAGUGAGGUCACAAGUCCCGACCCUCCUCUCCCUGAAAGUCAGCGAUGUGAAAUCCAUUCAUUUUGCAAAACACUCACCGCUUCUGACACAAGCACCCAUGGAGGAUUCUCUGUUCUUAGGCGACAUGCGGAUGAAUGUCUGCCCCCAUUGGACAUGUCUCAACAGCCGCCGUGGCAGGAACUUGUUUCUACUGAUCUGCAUGGCAAUCAGUGGCAUUUUCGUCACAUCUUUCGCGGUCAACCUAGGCGUCACUUACUCACAACUGGGUGGAGUGUUUUCGUUAGUGCGAAGAAAUUAGUAGCUGGAGAUGCCUUCAUAUUCCUCAGGGGUGAAAAUGGGGAACUUAGAGUUGGGGUACGGAGGCUAAUGAGGCAACUAAACAAUGCGCCAUCUUCUGUCAUAUCAAGUCACAGCAUGCAUCUGGGAGUUCUUGCUACUGCUUCACAUGCCAUCUCAACAGGGACUUUUUUCUCUGUUUUUUACAAGCCAAGGACAAGUCCGUCUGAGUUUAUUGUGAGUGUGAACAAAUAUCUUGAAGCGAAAAAUCACAAGUUUUCUGUUGGAAUGAGGUUUAAGAUGGUGUUCGAGGGUGAGGAAGUUCUGGAAAGAAGGUUCAGUGGGACCAUAAUUGGCGUCGGAGAUGAUACAUCAUGUAGAUGGGCUAAUUCGAAAUGGAGAGCUUUGAAGGUUCAAUGGGAUGAGCCAUCAUCAAUUUUUCGUCCUGAAAGGAUAUCUCCGUGGGAGAUUGAACCGCUUGUUGCAACAUUACCACCACACAAUCCCCAACCUCCUCCAAGGAACAAACGGUCACGCCUAGCAAUUUCAGCUUCACCCACACAGGAAUUUCCUGCGCAAGUCUCUGACAAUCUAUUCCCAA